GCGAGAGAGACAUUCACAGACCAAGGUGCAGGGGAGAGAAAGUGAGGGCAGAUGAACAAACAUGAGGUGCAGUAGUAAUAUGCAGAGACUGAAGCAGUUUGAGUGGGCUUGAGAGGGAAAGCAGGAGAAAGAAAAAGGGGGAGGUAGGAAGAGGUAGAAAAAAGUGAAGAGAAGAAAGAAAGAGAGUACAGCCAACUGGCAGAGUUUGAGUUAUUCGGCUCAGCUCUAAAAAGUUUCAGGCGGCCCAGACUCCAAACCACAAGGACCGAGGUCCUCUCUGCACACUCUCCACUGCAGUAUGGUGGGUCUGUAAAAGCAGCAGAGUUGGAGUGAGGACGAUAAAGAGUGCGACACCGUGAUGAGACAUUAUUUAGCUUCUUGUUGUGGAUCUGGUCUCUGUUCAUCCAGCCGUGCAGCUGCAGACUGCACCGUCCGUAAUUUACAUUAAGCGUCAGACCUCCUGUACGAUGGGCCUGCAGAAUGGAGUAUGAUAUUGAUUUUUACAAACAUUUUGCCUGGCUCAGAAAGGUAAACCUUCACUCAAACAGCAGCAGUGAGUCCUACCAGGAACGCUUAUUACGUCUGGAGGGAGACAAAGAGUCGCUAAUUCUGCAGGUGAGUGUGCUGACAGACCAGGUGGAAGCUCAGGGGUCGAAGAUCAGCGAUCUAGAGAUUUCUCUGGUGGAGCACCGGCACAAACUCAACUCCACAGAGGAAAUGCUGCAGCAGGAGCUCCUGCAUAGGACGUCACUGGAGAACCAGAAGCUGAGUCUUAUGGGGGAGGUGUCCUACCUGAAACUGAAGCUGGCAGACAUGGAGGGAAAACAGAACCACGGGGCUGAACGGCAACACAAAGCAGAGGGUUUACUGAAGGAGCUCCGUAUUCUCAAGGACAAGGUGGAGCACCUGGAGGACCAGAAGUCCCAGUACGAGAAGAAACUCAAAGCAACCAAGGGGGAGAUCAGCAGCCUGCAGCACCUUCUGCUCACUAAGAACGCUGAGAUCGAGAGCUUGCACACUCAGCUGCUGGCCAGACCCUCUCUCACCACCGAGAGCUCAGAGAGAGAAGAGACUUACAGGAAGCGGUUAAACGCCACAUAUCAGGAACUGCAGAGGCUUAAGAUUGGAAUGAAAUCACUGGUCGCUGCAAACGAUGAAAAGGACCGGCGCAUUGAGGAGCUCACUCUGCUCCUGAACCAGUGCAGGCAAUUCAGAGAGGUCACUCACGUCACAAGGCAAGCUCCACCUGCUGUCCGUUCAUCACCGAACGGGAGGACUCCUUCAAGCAGCAGUGAGGAAGAGGAGCAGCUGAAGAAUACGGACUCUGCCAGUGCAAAAUCUGAAGAUGUGAAGUCUGAGGUUUCCACAAACAGCUCUUCCUCCCAUCACACGUCACUGUUGUCAGAUCUGAAGGACAGCGGCUACAGAACAGAACCACCGGCUCUAUCUAGUAGUAUGAAUGACCUGACAAAUGGACUUUCACAAAAGAGUGGCACCAGAAGUCAGACGAUGCCUGUGAAUUCCUCCCCGUCAGAGCAAAACGGGAUCGGAGGCAGCAGCAGUGAAACCCAGAGCCAAAGGUCUCCGGAUGGGAGCGAAGAUGGAGACUCCAGCCAAAGAAAGUCGGAGAGAGCUGAUGACAGCACUUCAAGCAAUAGUUCCCCCGUUCAAUCUGGGACCAACUCGCAGCCGAGCCAACGGGCUGUGGGCUCACCAGAAUACAUGAAGAAUAACAGGAGCUUCAAGAGACUUUGGGGGAAACUUCGGAGAACCCAGUCUGGAGGGCUGCAGGCAGCAGAUCCAGAUGCUGGUCAGUUUAGAAGAGGGGGUCUCCGUGCUACAGCUGGACCCAGACUCACCAGGACGCCUGAGUCUUAUGACUCCACACGUGAUCUGAAUAUUCCAUUCAGCCAGUGGACCAAGGAGCAGGUGUGUGGAUGGCUGGAGGACUAUGGACUGGGCCAGUACGUCAGUCUCUCCAGACAGUGGGUGGAAAAUGGACAGACGCUGCUGUCUGCUACACCUCAGGACUUUGAGAAGGAGAUGGGAGUGAAGAAUCCUCUGCACAGGAAGAAGCUGCAGCUCGCUCUGAGGGCGUUCACCACCAAAGUUAUAGAGAAGUCGUCGGAGCUGGACUACAUCUGGGUCACACGCUGGUUGGAUGACAUUGGUUUGCCUCAGUACAAAGACCAGUUCCAUGAGGCCCGGGUAGAUGGUCGAAUGAUACAAUACCUCACAGUGAACGACCUCUUGAGUCUAAAGGUCACCAGCCAGCUUCAUCAUCUCAGUGUCAAGUGUGCCAUUCAUGUCCUUCACGUCAACAAGUUCAACCCCCACUGUCUGCGACGCAGGCCAGGGGAGGAGAAACAGCCCAGCCCCUCAGAGGUGGUGCAGUGGUCGAACCAUCGUGUGAUGGAGUGGCUGAGAGCGGUGGAUCUGGCUGAGUAUGCUCCUAAUCUACGGGGCAGUGGCGUUCACGGUGGUCUGAUCAUCCUGGAGCCUCGCUUCAGCUCUGAAACAUUGGCCCUGCUGUUAAAUAUUCCACCUCAGAAGACGUUGCUCCGGCGCCAUCUUGCCACGGCCUUCUCUGCCCUGGUUGGGCUUCAGGCCACGCAGGAGAAGAGAGAGUACGGCAAUGCCACAGGCCAUGUUCCCCUCACCACCACAGCUAAAGUGAAGCCAAGAAAGCUGGGCUUCACCCAAUUCAGUCACCUGAGAAAGAGAAAACCUGAUGACUCAGCGGAUUACAUCUGCCCAAUAGACAGCGGAGCACUGACAGUGAAUGGGGUUUCCCGGCUGCCCUCUGCAGCACUCAGGGGCCUCAGCCCGAGCUUGGAGAGACAGGCUGAGAGGCGGGAGCCGAUUGGGAUAAAGGUUGAGGCUAAUGGCCCCAAACAAUGAUUUAAAAGUAUCCAUGGAUGCACUGCUCUCCCACUAAGUGACUUUCGUGAACCUGUGGAGAUUCUAAUGCAGGAACUCGAUAACUGAGAUCGACGUGAUGAUUUGCUGAAUGGGCUGCAAAGAUGCUGUGUGAAGCAGUUGAUUUGACUAUUGUUUGUGUCUUUCUAACCUGAUGUCGCUUGCACACUGUUCACCUACAAUGAUGAUUAAUGACAUGGUCUGAAAUGUUCUAUCAAAGCUGCUCUCUGCAUUCCUUAUACAGUCGGAUUCCAAAGCUUUGACUUUUGCUUUCAAACAAUGCAUUUAACCGACCAUUUUGUUUCUAAUCUUGUGUAAAUUUAGUUAUGAUAUAAUGACCUGUUUUUGUUUAAUAUCUGGAUUAACUCUACAGUUUGUUAUCAGUUACUUAAAGUCUUGCUGUUUCUCAUUUCUUCACGAGUGACAACACGUUUGAAAGUUAAAUCCUUUUGUUGGUACAUUAAUGAUACUGAUAUGCACAUUUAAAUAAGGCUUGUUGAUAUACCUUUGGAUUCUCCUACACUAAAGUUGACUUGUUUCAUAAGAUACUUGUGAAUAUGCAGUAAUAUAAUAUCAGGUAAACAGUUAACCUUGUUGGAUUUUUAAAAUUCUAAUACAUUACCCUUGAAUAAAUGUGUUUUAGAGUUUC